AUUGGAAGUCGCUUUGGACAAAGUGUCUGCUAAAUAAAUAAAUGUCAGUGUAUACAAAGAAGGAGGGCAAAAGUUUGAAAAGCAUCACCGCUGUCUGAAAAGUGUCCUCAAGUACGCGUGAGUUAUCAUCCAGAUCAAAUAUUAAUUUCCUAAUUUUAAAAUAAGGAUUUUUUUUCUUCCAGAAUUUUAUUUCAUACCAGUAAAGUUUAAAGUGCCUCAAAAGGGAAAAAAACAUUAAAAUCUUUCUCAUCAUGAACACGAUUAUUCACUCGUCUGAACGCAAACUCAUUUUUCCCAAUACAGAAAGUGAGAAACAUCAGAGGUUGAACACAGUUAUAAAUAACUGGUGUAAAAACAAAACCUGGGACUUUAAAACCCUUUAUGUUUAACAGUGUUUUAAGGAAAACAGUAAAAUACAGCAAUAAAUCUGUAAGUACGGCACCCAGGUGUUACUGUAACACUUUAACGUUACUCUAUUAUUUCCAGUUAUAUAAAAAAACCGCCUGACACGUCAGCUGUUGUCUCGAGGACGUCGGGGGGGUGUUCCUAGUGCCACUUUGUCUCCCCAAACUCGUCAUGCAACGUGUCAUUUUCUGUAGGGCCACGAUGACGCAGCGGCUCGCGGUUUUGUGUCAAGGCUCCGGCUGGGGAGGUCCCCGAGCUGCCGUGCGUCCCAUUCAGACGGGGCUCCAGCGAUCAUCUCGCCGCAUCUGCGUCCGUCUUCUCUUACAGACAGGAGGGAAGCGGUGGGGGCCGGAGCCACGGUGCCCUUUUCACCGUGUUUUACCCCUGCGAGGAUACGAAGGAGACGAGAGCAUCGUGCCGCUGCGAUGAGUAGUACGAUCACAGGUGUGCGGCGGCCGAGGGGGCGGGGCUUGGAUGGCUGACGGACCGGGACGCGCGCGCAGCCGGGACCAUGAUGGCCCAGAACCGCUUCAUCCUGCUGCUGGCACUGGGGGCCGUGCUGGCCGUGCUGAGCCUCAGCCUGCAGUUUUUGCACCUAAUUCCCAUCAGCCCCAUCAGAGAGGAGAGGCCGGCGGCUAAGAGCAGGAAGCGCGUGAGCCCUGUGCUUCACACAGACCCCCCCGAGCCGGACCCCGUUUACGAGGCGUACGCCUACUGCAACAUCCCCAACCGCACGGAGCAGGGCUGGGAAGGACACAGUCCGGCGGAUUACAAGCUGCUGUCGGUCCAGGUGCUGAUCCGCCAUGGGGACCGGUACCCGCUCUACGCCAUCCCCAAAACCAAGAGGCCCGCCAUCGACUGCACGCUGGAUCCGCACAGGAACCCCACCCACCCCAAGCUGGCGGCUUUCGUCAAUCACAUGUCCUGGGGUGGGAGGGCCCGGUGGGACCCGGUGCUCAGCGCCCUGCCCCGUGUGCCCAGCCACAGCGCCUGUGAGAUGGGGGAGCUCACGCAGACAGGCGUAGUGCAGCACCUGCAGAACGGAGAGCACCUGCGCAGCGUCUACAUCAAGCGCCACAAACUGCUGCCCGCCCACUGGUCGGGGCGCCAGCUCCACCUGGAGACGACGGGCAAGAGCCGCACGCUGCAGAGCGGCUUGGCGCUGCUGUACGGCCUGCUGCCCGACUUCGACUGGGCCAAGGUGAGCGUGCGCCACCAGUGGAGCACCCUGUUCUGCGGCAGCGGCUGCGACUGCCCCAUGCGCAACCAGUACCUGGAGGAGGAGCAGCGGCGGCAGUACGAGCUGCGCGUGGCCGACGUCGCGCUGGAGCGCACCUACGCGGAGAUGGCGCGGCUGGUGGGCGUAGCCACGCGCCAGAUGCGCGCCGCCAGCCCCGUGGACUCGCUGCUGUGCCACCUGUGCCACGGGCUGAGUUUCCCGUGCGGGGCGCGGGGCUGCCUCUCGCUGCGCCACUUCUCCUCCAUCAAGCGGCAGCAGCUGGAGGACGAGCGCGAGCGCCGCCGCCGGGGUUUGUACCGGCGCUACGCGCUGCUGGCCGCCCACCCCUUCCUGAACGGCACGGCGGUGCGGAUGCUGCGCGUGGCCUCGGGGCGCCGCGACGAGCUGCUCGCGCUCUUCUCGGCCCACGACGUCACGCUGGCGCCGGUAUUGAGCGCGCUGGGCCUGAGCGGGGCGCGCUUCCCGCGCUUCGCCGCCCGCCUCGUCUUCGAGCUGUGGAGGAGCCCGCCGUCCCCGCUCGGCGCCGCCGGGGACGAGGCGGGCGACGGGGACCUCCGGCGGCUCUUCGUGCGCGUCCUCUACGACGGCGAGGACGUCACCUUCCGCACGACGUUCUGCCGCGCCCACAAGCGCCACGCCGGCCAGCCGCUGUGCCCUUUCGCCAGCUUCCUGUCCUUCGUCCGCAGGGACAUGUUCGGCGCCCUCAACGCCACCAGCUACCAGGAGGCGUGUCGCCGGCGGCCCGUCUGACGGAGUGGACCGCGCCGAAUCGCGCACGUCCUCGCGGAAGCCCACGCCUGGAAAAUAUGUUUAAAAAGUGUGUUUUCGUGCACACGUCAAGCGUCGCGGAAAACAUGAAUAAUAGAUGACUGAAUAAGUGUUUAAGGAGAUGCCUUUCGCGGACAGCAGGGGGCGCUCUGCUUUUCGGAACCCAGAACUCACUCUGAACCCCACUGACUGUAAAUUUAAAUCAAACUAUCUGUUGUUUACCGCAAAGUUCUGCACUCACCCAGAACAAGGAAUUUGUAUUAUGUGUACCGUACCGUAUUUUACCAUGUUUUUCUACCACGUCCACUCAGAAUGGUGCUCGAUUGCAGUUUCCCUCCAUUGGCUGUUGAUACAAUUUCCACAAUGUUAAACCUCAGACUGAUACUUGAACGCAAACCGCAUCUACACAAGCGCUUUGGUAUUUUGUAAUUAAUGUUUUCAGUACCCUGUUCUGGGUAAAAUGUUGGAUUUGCUGAUGUUUUCUACACGGGACAUUAUUACAAUAUUCUGCACAUGCACUGUGUGUUUAGAAGAAGGUACGAAAGAGUCUUGCUGCUGUAGAGAACAGCGUGGAACUGCUCCCCCCUGCUCAAGUUUUCACAGAGGCCCAAACUUGGCAUAAAUUACUUUUAAUAGGAGAGUUUUGAACAAGUCGGAUGUUGAAUAUACUGGUAUUUGCUUCUUAUGAAUAAAAUUUGCAGCGUAUGGAUAUUUAUAGUAUUUUAAUGCUUUACUUUAGGCACAUUUUCAAAUAAAAAAAUUAUUUAUCAAAACUGUUCUCCCUCCCCCACUGAUCUUUUUCCAGAUCUGCAUUUUUAAUGAAUCUUCACAGGCUGUUUCCUAACCGCGUUGCCCAUUGAUGGCGAUUAAAUAAAUUUCUGACUUUAAAUUC